AUGGCGCCUUCAAGAACAACCAGAACAGGCUCCACCUCCACAGCCCCUAGAAAGGCUUCCAGCAACCGUAGAUUGACAGACGACUGGACCGAGGUGACAGAGCCUGAAGAGAGGAGACGCAUUCAGAACCAUAUCGCUCAGCGCAAGUUCAAUCUUGCCUUCGAGGACACUGACCUUGCCGGUCUGCCAUGGGGUGGUCUUAGCAUCCGCCAUGUCGUAGCCCGCGGCCACGCUGAGGCCAGCACAGGAACGCUCAGCCAUCACAGCGGGCACAGCGACACUCUCAGCGUGACGGCCGGUUUGCCCGGCAGCGGGAUGAUGACGCCAGCGCCGGCGUCUUCGCCAAUGCCACCGCAGACGCCGAGCUUCUUCUAUACAGCCGCCGAUCAGCAACAACAAAUGCUCUAUGGACUGGACUCGUAUGGCGCGUAUAGCUCGGCUCAUCACCAUGCCGCUACGACAGCGGCUAUAAACAUGAUGUUUGAUUCGCAGAGAGAUGGUCUUGGAGAUGUCAGGGGGAUACUAUGA